UUUCUCUCUUUUCGAUCUUUAAUUUCUUCACUUUGAAGUUGAUUGUUGCUAAUUUCAGUUUUUGCAAUGGUGAAGAAGAAGGUUUCUGGUGAUGAUAAUGUUGCUCUAGGAUCUAUCAAAGGUUUUCGUUAUAGUAGAGCUCAAAAAGCGGUAAAUAAAAUGGAUGCAGGAAGAAAAAAGAUGUUGAAAGGUGAAGGAAGUACAUCCAAGGGAAAUAAAAGGAAGAGGCAAGAAAAAGAGGAUGACGAGCCUGAUAGGAAAAUUACAUGUCGUUGUAGACCUUCUUCAUUAGUUAAGGUUAUAAGUGGGCUUUCUCCGACUCAAAAAAAAGAUGUAGAAGAGGUUGGAUUUGGUGGUUUGUUGUCUUUACGUGUGGAGAGUAUGGUUGGAGGUAUACUUCCUUGGCUUGUUGAGAGUUUUAAUGGAUAUACUUGUAUGUUUUGUGUAGCUGAUGGUAAGGAGUUUGUUGUGACUAAGCAUGAUGUGUGUGAUGUUUUUGGUUUGCCUAAGGUAGAAGGUCGUGAGGUUCCUGAAAUGAAGGGUAGUUACAAAGGUCAAUCUCAAGAUGAUAGUGCAUUGAAAAAUAAAUGGAGAGCUUCUUUUGAUGUUGGUGUUAAGGAGUUGAUACCUUUGGCUAGAUUAGAAACUAGGAUCAAGGAGUUGGUGGAUGGAGGUGAUGAAUUUAAGAGGUUAUUUGUUAUGCAUGCUCUUAGUAGUAUGCUUGUUCCUACCGCUAAUAGGACUGUUAAUUUUAGGUUAGUUAAUGCUGUGGAUGAUGUUGAUCAGAUUAAAAAUCUUGAUUGGUGUUCAUUUGUUUUGAGAAAGUUGAUGAAUUCUGUUGUUAGUUACAAAAAUUCUGAGGCUAAAGAUAGUAUUAGUGGAUGUUUGUUGUUGCUUAAGAUUAUGUAUUUUCAUCGUUUGAAUUUCCAAGGUGUAGUAGAGAACUCCACUAUUCCUCUUAUCCAACACUGGAUAGAUAAAAAAGUGAGGAACAGGGUGUCCUUGGAGUUGAAGGCUGGUGGAUUUGGUCAGGGGGUUUUGAAUGAAUUGACUUAUCCAGUUUCUGCUAAGUGUGUUGAUUUGAAUGUUAACAACUUAAGUAAGGGAGAAGGUUGUGCGGUUCCUAUUGAUGAUGAUAGAAGAUGUGUGACUUUCGAUUUGCCUGAAGGAGUAUUAACUGAUUCUGAGAUCAAAAGUGAUGCAACUGAUGUAUGUUUUUUUUUUCUUAAUAAAACAUUUGUUCUUGGUCUCAUAUAAUUGUUUGUUAAUGUGUAGGAUUUGCAUGAAGCGUUUCUUUAUAUGAAAAGGAACAUGGAGCUGUUUUCAUCUGUGAAUUCCAAUUGUUUUAGUUCUUUGCAACGGUUGGUGCAUAGUCGUUUUGUUGAACAUUCUGUUUCUUUGGAUGUUGAUUCUAUUGAGUUGUCUCAAACACAACAGCUUUUAUCUAACCCGCAUUAUCAUAAGCUUAUUGAUGGCUUAAUUGAUGAGUUUAUAAAAAUGAAGUCAGUGGAUGAGUUACUUAAAGUUGAUGCAAGUACUUCAUCAAAGUCUACCCUACAAGAUGGUGGAGAUGGUGGAUGUGGUGGAGAUGGUGGUGGUGGAGAUGGUGGUGGCAGAGGUGGUUCAGUCAGAAGAACGAAUAAAAGUUUGUGUUCUUUGGACUGUGGUGAAAUUGGUGGUCAGAGUGUAGUGUUUGUUACGCCAUUUAUGAAAAGUAAUUCUCGUGCUUUUAGUGAAAAAUUACCUCGAUUAUAUUUAGAAGCUCUUGAUUAUUGUCUGGUGGAACACUUAUUUAAUAAUAAGUAAGUUCUUUUUUAAUUGUCAUAUUUUUUGAAACCUUUUUUUUUUCUUUUUCUUUUUGUUUUGAUAUUAAUAAUAUUGUUUGACCUUGCAGUGAGAAUCUUGUUACUUAUGGAUUGCAUUUUCUCAUUCCAAGAGAGGAUAUGGUGUCUUUGGUGCAUCCUAAUUUGGUUCGUUGGUCAGUAGUUGAUUGCUACUGCAUUUAUCUAAAUGAAUCAUGUUUUUAUGAUACUUGUGGUCUUAAAAGAUUCUUUUUUGGUGCAAGGAAAAGUGUAAGCAACUUUCUGUUUUGAGUUAUUUGUUUUCUUACUCUUUUCAAUUAUUUAUUUUUUCCUUUUAGUUUGCUUUUUUGCAAGUAUCAGAGGGGAACGAAGAUAGUUCUGCUAGUUCUGCUGUCUCGGAUUUGCAUGAAAUUUGGGAUGAGUGGGUUACAUAUGAAAAUUCUUGUUGUGAUGUUAUUGGUGCAGACUUGGUAUAUAUCUUAAUUUUUAAUAUAUAUUAACUCUGUGAUGGAUGUGCUUUAUUCUAACUUUUGUUCUAUUUUUUUCAGGUUUAUUUUCCUAUUCUUGUUGAUGAACAUUAUGUGAUGUUUGUGAUUGAUCAUGGCAAUGAAUUGGUUCAUUAUGUUGAUAAUAUCAUUUGGAGUCAUGACAUGAUUACAUAUUUUCAAAUUUGACUUUUUAUCUGGUAUGUUAUUGUCUAUUUUAAAGUAUGUUUCUAUAUUAAUCUUAUUUUUUUGUUGUUUUUAAUAUUCUGUUUUUUUUUUCAGUGUUCUGAAUUUGGUGAUAUUCUUGCACGAAGAAAUCAUCCAAAGAGUGAAAAAGUCCCUUUUUACAAGUUUAAAAUUGCUGAUUUAGUGUGGCGGAAGAGUAAGGUUGAUAAUAAUGACUGUGGUGUGUAUAUGAUGUGUCAUAUGGAGCAUUUUGUUGGUGAUACAUCGUUUUCUGUAGAUGAACUUAGAACAGUGAGUGAUCUUGAAACUGAUCCGAAUUAAUUCAUUUGUUAUGUUUAUUCUAAUGUUUUA